ACUGAGAAACUGAGAUAAUCAUCCGAAGCAUGCUUCCAUUGAUUAGACAUAGCCAGCCGAUGAAGAAGAUCUCAAAAGGACCUUACUGUAUAACAAAAUUUGAAAACAAGUUUGUUACCAAAAUCUGCUGAAUCAGUGAACACUGACUGCGAGAGUAGAGACAAUGCGGUACUCAUUAAUUUUUUAAUGGUGUUAUAUAAAUUUUUUAAAAAUUACAAUAUAUAUGGGCCAUCCUACGGCUCAUUUUAGGUCUGGGCCGAGAUUCAUCUUAGACUGUUAGCCCAUAAAUUUAGGUAAGGGUAUAUAGUGGGGUUGGUUGGGGGCGAAGAAAGUGAAGUGAAGUGAAGAGAACCAGUUGCAGUUCGAUUUGAGAAGGAAAUCCUGAAUUGAAUGAUAAUGUCAUUUCGGUGGGAAUAAUCGUUUAACCUGCGGAUUUAAUGCUUGGAUCCGAUGUUAGCUGUGAGAAGAGCAAUUGUGAUCGGAAAUGGUUGCGCCGGUGCAGAGAAUCAGUGUAUUGGCUUGGUUCGAGCACUUGGUCUUUCCGAUAGCUACUCCUUAUACCGUGUUAGACGUCCCAGAGGGGGAAUUAAUGAGAGUCUUCACUGGUUGCCGGUCGCUUUCCAUAAAGGAUUAGAUCGUGCUGUUAAGUGCACUUCCGGACAACUCUUCCGACGGACAAAACUGGCGCCUCUUCCUGCAGAUGGGAAAGAUGUUCUUGAAGCAAAUGCAAGCUGUAUUGCAAAAAUGGCACAGGAGACAUUCAAAAGGGAUGGCCCCAUAUUGCUGGUUGCUUCUGGUCGUGAUACCAUUUCUGUUGCAACUUCUAUAAAAUCGUUAGUUCCAGAAAAUGUUUUCCUUGUUCAGAUACAACAUCCACGGUCUCGUCUACGCAGGUUUGAUAUGGUGAUAACACCUCAGCAUGAUUAUUACCCCUUGACACCAGAGGCACAGGAGCAAAUUCCAUUUCUUCUAAGAUGGGUAGCACCUCGAAACCCUCCUGAUAAACACGUGGUUCUUACCGUGGGUGCGCUUCACAUGGCCGAUUCUGUUGCUUUGAAAAAUGCAGCUUCUGCUUGGCAUGAUGUGCUGGCCCUGUUGCCUAAACCUUUACUUGUUGUCUCCAUAGGAGGACCUACAAGGCGUUGCAGAUAUGGUGAAGAUCUUGCCAUGCAGCUGACAGCCUCAUUAAAGGCUGUUCUUCCGACAUGUGGGACACUCAGAAUAUCAUUUUCUCGUCGAACCCCCAAGAGUGUAGCAGACAUUAUUCUAAAGGAACUCUCUUGUCAUCCCAAAGUCUACAUUUGGAAUGGUGAAGAUCCAAAUCCACACCUGGGACAUUUAGCUUGGGCAAAUGCUUUUGUUGUCACUGCUGAUUCAGUGAGUAUGCUGAGUGAGGCUUGCAGCACAGGGAAGCCUGUUUACGUAAUUGGGGCUGAGCGUUGCACUUCGAAGUUUGCAUAUUUUCUAAGAUCCUUGUACAACAGAGGAGCUAUCCGACCAUUCACUGGCGAAGAAAAGAUUUCGGAAAUAUGGCACUAUUCUCCAUUGUGCGACGCCAAGAUGGCUGCAGACAAAGUGAUCAAAGCACUCGCCCAGCGUGGCUGGAGAUUAUUUUCCCAACACCAUCACAAAUAA